AUGAAAGCUGUAAGCAUUAUUGCUAAGCCGCAUUUAUUGCGGUUGACGUCGAACGCGUGCGGCUCUUGUGGAAGGCGCAGUUGCUUAUUCGCAUCAUCUGUGCCAGGUCGACCGCCAGCCGCCAAUGCCGCAGCAUUAUCAGCUCAGUACUUCCCUAGGGGACCGUUUCGCAGUUAUGUAAAUUUAGGAAGGGAUUGGACGCCUGUGCGCAACCAGUAUACCAAGUAUCGUAUCACUAAACCUUGGACAGCGGACAGCACCUAUGACGAUAUCUUCCUUGCGCAGCCAUCUCGCGAGGACCUUUAUUCUUUUUCUAAGGAACUACCGCUUUUUUUAAAAUUCUUGAAGCUGCUGACAAAGGCACAGAAUCGCCGGGAAGCAUUCGUCGAGUUUGCAAAACGGUGUGAGAACGGUCUGGUUGUCGAGAAAGACGUUUAUAUAACCAAAAAUGAGCUUAUUGACUGCAUGUGGCGUAACGGUUACUCUGAGGAUGAGUUGGAUGCCGUGAAAUUGGGUUUCCCCGAUGACUACCGGUUCCACUAUCCUGAAUUGGCUGUUAUGUUUGAGAUUAGUGAGGAGGACUGUUACAAGUAUUGCCUGAAGCAGCGCGCGUCUAACCCUGAAGAAUUGAUUGAAUUAAAAUUGAAAAAGCCACAAAACCUCAUUUCGAGUUACGGCCUCAUUUUCCUGGGUUGCUGGUUCGGUUUGAGUAAUGCUGUUUUGGGCAAUGCAUGGUUUUUCGCCAAGACCCUACCAUUUGGUGCUGUUUUCUACAUGUUGGCCGCAUACUUCCAGAAAACCCUUAAGGAGAUGGCAUGGAAGGAAGAAAACGCAUUGAUAGACAAGGCCAAGGAAGAGAAGGAUUACUGCGAGGAUGCUAUCUACAACCAAUUGAAGCGUUACAUGGACACAUCUAGAUGUGCUGACUAUGUUGAGCAGUUCAAGGACGAAGUUGCGACCCGAAUGAAAGAGUACCGUGCAGCGUUACUGCAUCAUAUGAAGAAGGAGUCUGCGCGUUUGAUGAACGAGCGGUUACAAAACAUGCUUUUACAAGAGAACGCAAUAUCCCGUUCAGUACAGAAGACUAUGGUGGAUGAGCUUAUGUCUGUUUUCCGCGAGACAUUUCCCAAGAAUGCCAAGCUUCAGGAUGCAGCGAUCAACGCUGCUAUAUCAGAGAUUGCUGGUGAGACGCCCAAACGUGACCCCGUUUUCACGUUUUUCAACGACGGUUUGGCAUCUUUCCGUAGUAACAAGCCCAGCGAGAUUGUGAAACGUUGCAAGGCUGCUUUUGAAUCCCAGGAACGUCAGUUUUUGGAGGCUUUCACCAUCGGUGAAAAGGAGGCAGCUGAGGUCAGCGCUCUGGCGCGGCAGUGCCAAGACGGCGACGGCAUGGACCUUUCCCGUUUGUCCGAGGACCAGUUACGCCGUGCUCAACAACUUUUCGAGAGCUUUAACCACAGAUUCGGUUAUUAUGUCCCCGACGUCGCUGGCGCAGUGGCCGCGAUGGGUCGUGAGGGCGAGUCCUUUAUCGACAAUAUCAACAAGGAGGUGUCACGUUGUGCGGCUGAUAUCCGCCAAUCGCAUCUCAUUGCCUUUCUCCGGGCUUUUUUUUAA